AUGGCGCUUACCUGGGUUUCUAGAGCUUUGGUGCUCAUGUUAUGCCUCACCGCAGCGAGUUAUGCGCAAUCAGGCUCCAAUUUCACGAUCGUAAAUGGUCAAAUAUAUACUCCAGGAUUAGCUAUCGUCGAUGCGCCACAGCCUUUCACGCCUCUGGGCGGAGACUUCCUUCAAGUUGCGAUCGACAUCUCAGGCAAUGGUAAACUCCCACAGCCGUACUAUCCACCAGACGGAGACACAGGGACUCUGAAUAUCACCAUGUUCCUGUUCAGUUACAACACCUUGCUCAAUAUGACGAUAUCAAACGGCACUGGGUCCGGUUGGCGCAGUGAUACGUUCGAAGAUGAAGAGUUCAAGUGCGGUGGGACGACCACCCAGGGCUUCCAGAAUGCCGGCUGUCAGGAAAUCAUGGCCCAAGAGAGCGGAAGCACUGUGAAGCACGUCAACUGGGCAUGGCCCGAUUGUUUAGUUGGGAUCGACGACAGUGAUAGAGACAGGGGCUCGUACAACAUAUCGAUCCAUCAGUCGUUCCGAAUCAAUGGUACUGGAUACUAUACUAUCUUCAACCUCCCGAUCCAGGUCACCAAUUCUAUUCCGCAGCUGACUCAACUCGCGACUAUCGGAACACGCCCAUUAUGUUCCCUUCGGCAGAACCCUCUGCAGAAUCAGACCGCUCAGGACGCGAGUACGUUUUCACCGGCGUCUCAACCUUAUCUCGGCGGCACAGUGAGCAUUGGUGGCAGUAGUCAAAGCGGAUCUUCAACUACAACCGCAUCGGCAACCGCGUCGACAACCGCAUCUCCAACGACCAACCCGGGGCUACCAUCCACGAACGAGGCACUUGCGCGAAUGUCCAGUGUAGUCAAGAUUGUUCUCCCAGUCAUGUUUGUUGUAGCACUUCUAGGCUAG